GUUGAGAUGACAUCGUUCAAAAAUGUAUUGAAUGAUUCGGAUAUGUUGCUUGGACACUAUGCCAAUCGGGUGACGUGAUACCCAUCCUGCCCCAAAAAUUUUGUCGGUUGGAUGGGCCUAAUAUAUCGCUGACGAUGCCAUAUGACAAUGGUCAAACCAUCAAAGUAUUUCACCACCGAUUCGCCCUCUGUCUCUCUCUCUCUCUCUGGAUUUUUCCUCUCUCAUCGACGAAUUCGUAUCGGCAUGGGGGCAGCAGCAUGUCGGUCAAAGCUCGCUUUCCUCUUCCUAUUCUCUGCUUGUUUGCUCCUGCCUUCGAUUCAAGCCAGGAAGAUUACCUACUGUACAAAGAGAAGUUAUGCUGUUAAGGUCGAGGAUGUAGUUAUAUCACCUGACCCGCUGAAGGCUGGGAAGCCUUCGACCUUCACCAUCAAGGCUUCUACAGGUCAGGCCUUUACUGGAGGGAAAUUGGAUCUGGAAGUUUUGCUUUUCGGAGUGAAAGUCCAUUCGGAGGCUCAUGAGAUUUGUGAGAAGACAGCUUGCCCAAUCUCAGCUGGCAAAUUUGUGCUCUCUCACACGCAAACCUUACCUGGAAUUACCCCACCUGGUUUAUACACUCUCAGGUUGAAGAUGGAAGAUGAGAAGAAACAACAGUUGACUUGCGUUAGCUUCAAAUUCCAAAUCGCGCUUGGUGAAUCCGUCUCCUCCAUUUAAGAAUGCAUCAAUGCUUUCUUGGAAGUACUGUGUUUGCUAGAUCUUGCAGCUUACUUCAGCAGAUAUGGCUAUCAAGGAGCUUCCGUCUCAUCAUGAUUUCCUUUGCACGAAUGUUAAUCAACUGGGAAGAAUAAAUCUUACUAGCAUGUGCUUUGCGUUAUAUGACUUUGUGAAAAAAUGAAUGUACUUGUAGUUGGGAAUAAUGACUGUUCUUGGUUUGUAAUUUGCACGUCUAUACGUCGCAAAAUGUCAUAUUUCACAUUGGCAUUUGCUAUGGCCCAUACGUUUGUGAUUUACCA